UAGCCCAAGCAAAUCUUCGAUCCAUUUCCAGUACGAACUUUGGACUAAACUAUACUCCAACAUGAGGGUUCACCAUUUGCAUGUGGCCUACCUGGACAAAGCGGCCUCGGCCUCUUCGUCUCCAACAGCUCCAUCCACCUCCCCUCCCUGCCCUUCCUCGACAUUGCUCCCUUUCGCCUUCCGAUGCCUCCGCCCGCUUGCGCCCAAGAUCUCGCUCCCGGAUCAGCCGAAGACGAUGAUCGCCCCGCCGACAGCCGACGUCUUCGGCCGGGUCAGAAAUGCCACCAAGCUGCUCAGCUGCACCGUCAGAAAUCAUACCGUGCAAGUGCCGGUGGGUGGGACGACGAGGUGGAACCCGUCGGCGGAGCAGAUCAAGGUGCUGGAGGCGCUGUACCGCGGCGGGAUGCGCACGCCGAACGCGGCCCAGAUCGAGCGCAUCACGGAGGAGCUCGGGAAGCACGGCCGGAUCGAGGGGAAGAACGUCUUCUACUGGUUCCAGAACCACAAGGCCAGGGAACGCCAGAAGCAGAAGCGCGCCGCACUCCUCACCCUCAGCACCCUCGACUCCCCCUCCCUGCCGGAAAUCACGACUAAGGUAACCAAGGAAGCAUGUGACGACAUGACGAGCUGCAAGCGGCGGCGCACCUCGUGGGGUGACGUGCAAGGUGAUGCGGCGACGACAGAGGUGGCCGUCCACCGCACCGACGAUGAUGUCACCCUGGAGUUAUUCCCGUUGCGUCCGCAAGGGAAAGCUUAAUUAGUUGUUGACUUUGUUAUUCUUGUGCAUAUACGCCAUCCUGCAUGCAUAGUUGCAUACCCAUGGAUGUGGGCUUUUCUGAUUUAGCGUGUGAGUUUGAGAUGUUGUUUUAACAUGUUUGGGUUGCCUAAUUAAAACAUGCAUUGUCAGAAGUUAUCAGUUU